AUGAUUAUAAAUUGUUUAAAAAGCAUCAAUCCGUCAAAUUUUGUUGGAAGAGUAAAUUCUAAAAAAGAAGGAAUAACAUCUUUUAACUGUAAAGAAUACAUCGAAACAAAUUCGAUAUUAACAUCAUUGAUUAGUGCCGAUGGAGAAGCAACUAUAGGAUCAUCUUCAUUCCGUUGGUGGUCCAAAUACUGGGAAUAA